AUGGCCACCGCUACGGAGACACAGUCCAUCAGCAGGGCUCGUCGCGCAAAUUUGUCACACACCACGAAGGUCGAGGACAGAGAUACAUCAGAAGAGCUGGGCCACAAGCAACGAUCCGCGGAAGACAAGUUUUUUUGGACAUACACGGAGGAACCUCACCGCACACGGCGGCAAGCCAUCAUAAAAGCGCACAAGGACAUCCUGCAGUUGUGCGGUCCGGAACCGCUGACGAAAUAUGUCGUCCUCUUUGUCGUCCUGUUACAGGUUUUCUGCGCCUAUCUCCUCAAGGACUCUCCGGUCUUCUCAUGGCGAUUCUUCCUCACCGCAUACGUGAUUGGCGCCACGGCGAACCAGAAUCUCUUCCUGGCUAUCCAUGAGAUCAGUCAUAAUUUGGCGUUCCGGACAGCCAUCUACAAUAGACUUCUCGCCAUCUUCGCCAAUCUUCCCAUUGGGAUACCAUACUCUGCCGGAUUUCGGCAGUAUCAUUUGACACACCACAAGUCGUUGGGUGUGGAUGGUGUUGACACAGAUCUUCCUACAGCACUUGAGGCAAUCUUCUUAGACUCGGUUUUCGGCAAAGCGUUCUUCUGCACCUUCCAGCUCUUAUUUUACGCAUUUCGCCCCAUGAUGGUGUACAAGAUUCCCUUUGGACCGAUCCAUUAUUGCAAUAUUGCGGCUCAAGUUGUCUUCGAUAUUCUGCUCGUCCGAUAUGUGGGCUGGAAAGCCUUGUCCUAUCUAAUCAUGAGCUCAUUUCUGGCCGGUUCUCUCCACCCGUGCGCGGCGCAUUUCAUCUCGGAGCACUACGUCUUUGCGAAAUCCACUCUGCAGAACGGAAAGGUGCCGAAAGAUGUGCCUAUUCCAGAGACAUAUUCUUAUUAUGGUCCCCUCAAUGUCCUCACUUACAAUGUCGGGUAUCACAACGAACACCACGACUUUCCAGCCAUCCCUUGGACCCGAUUACCCGAGGUCUAUGAAAGAGCGCGUGAAUUUUAUGAGCCUCUGCCAUGCCACAAUAGUUGGCCUUGGGUGCUGUGGCAGUUCAUCACCGAUAAGGAAGUCGGGAUGUGGUGUCGAGUCAAGAGAGCAGAAGGUGGGCGCAUUGUGGGAGGUUGGCAAGACGCUGAGGUCCAGAGUUGA